ACAAGGACUGGACCGUCAAAGUUCUAUCAGAUGAAGCAAAAGUUGCAAUUAAAGGGCGACACAAAUGAAACAAGGGUGCAGCGUCAAGAAGAUUUGUUUGAGGAAAAGCAACAAACUGCAGUGCCACCACCACAGAAUGAUUCUUCCGCACUUCAGGAUGAUUUGGUUGAGAACGAGGUAGUUGAGGAUGAUGUAGUACCUGACAAUCAAGAUAAUAUGACAGAGAAUGUACCUGCUAAGAAGAAAAACCAGGUGCUGAUAUGUUUUUCACCACCAUGAUGUAAUGUAUCAACCACUAUAUUUUUGUAGCUUGAUGUUUUUUCUUACAUGCCUUUACUUUUUUGCUUUUGACAGAGUUCUUUAUUCAAUAGGUCAUCCCCCAUGAAGCUUGUAAGGUUAUGCAAGGGCAUGACACCAGAACAGCAGGCUUUGAUAACAAAAUCAGAUUUCGGAGACAUUAUAUUGAUGAAGUGCUCGAAAUUGAUUCCAUAGUUAUGUAGGUUUCUGUUGGCUAGUUUUGAUCCUGUCAGAUGCGUUCUUGAUUUCGGCGACAGGGGAAGAAUACCUGUAACAGUUCAGUCAGUUGCUAAGGUUCUGGGAGUACCCAUUGGUAGCUCGCCAGUCCCGUACUAUGCUGAUCCCAAAUCAACGACUGCUAUACUGGAGAUGCUUGGUAUACAUGAUGGUGUGCAACCCACUGUUACAUAUUUGGAGAAGGAGCUAGGACCGGAGCAACCUGCAGAUGAUUUGUAUCUUAGGAAGUUUGUCAUUUAUAUGAUUAGUUCAAUCUUUGCUCCAACCACUGGCAUAAAGGUUAGCCCGAAGUGUUACCCUUCUGUCAUGAAUGCAAGUUCAGUCAGUAAUCUGAAUUGGGCCAAGUUCAUCAUAGAAAUACUUAUACAAACUGCAAACGCUAAAGGCAAGAAGAAUUGGUUUAAGGCAUGUAUGUCGUAUCUCAUGAUACUUUACGUUGACUCCUUGGAAACGAACGCACUGGAUGUUCCAGAAGAUGGUACUCGAUGCUGUGUCUGGUCAAAUAGUAUGAUCAGUUUGGUAGCUGGUUUGGACACUAACAAUGAUGGAUCAUUCGGACGGUUACCGCUGAAGCCUUGUUUUAGGACCAACCUAUCUCUAUUCAGCACAGAACCUACAGAUGUUGACAUGUUCAUAAAAAGACAUCUUCCAGACAAUCACACAGAUGAGGAUUUGGCCAAGUACAGGCCUGCUGUCAUUAACAUGUGUACAAUUUUCGAAGAUGGGUUGGCUAAAUUCAUCAACUCCUUAGGAAAGGCAGAUGUUAAAGGAAUCACAAACAACGAGGGCAAAGAAGAAGUUCGUGUUUUGAGGAACAUCCAGAUGGAUAAACCAAAAAGGAGGAGCCGUACAAAAGUGUCUGAACAUGCUGCAGCGGCACAAACCACUGAAAAUUCCUGCCAUGAGCGAGGAGACCUGCAAAGGGAUGAUCAUGUACCGCAAAACCAGGAGGCAUCCCCUAAUGCCAUUGCAGAAAAAACCAAGAAGAGGAAGUAUGUUGCUGGUUUGGGAGGACAAAGAGCUGCCAAAAAACCGGUUCCUGUUAGUAAUGUGGAGCCACUACAGAGGUCUGAUCAAGGUGAUGAUCAUGGCGAUGAAGGAGUACGCGAGACGAUGGAGUUACCGCAUGUUGCUUCUAAUGUAUCUGUCACAGUUGAUGCCACCGCAAAUGCUCUGAAUCAACUGCAGUUCUAUGGAACCCCAUCACAAACAAGCAACGAAACAAUUGAGAAGGAUCAACCAGCGCAACAUACACUAUCCAUGGUGCAUGUACAGUCAAAGGAUGAAUUGCAAAAAGGAUGCACCAGCAGCACUGAUACAGGAAGAACAUCAAGUCGGAAAAAAAGGAAGUCAGUUACAUUUGAUAUUGAGGAAAAAGACAUCCAGAAGCAACAUCCUCCUGAACUAAAAAAUACAGAAGCAACUACAUCUAGUCCAUCUGGCAGGAGGCCUGUCACUAGGUCUAUGUCUCCUAAGAAGACACCUGUAAGUAAUCAAGGAGAUCCGCGGGCAACAGAUGUUGCGUCAACAAGGAUUGCUGCAACUACUCCAAGAAGGCUAACCAGAUUUUCUACAGCUGAAGCAAGGUUGGAGCAUAGCAAUGCAAAUUUACCAACAAAAUUGCCAGGAACCAGGGAUGUGCUUAAUCGAGGUGAGUCUGGAGAUGCGGAAAACAGCAUUAAUAGGAACUUGGAACAAGAUUUCUGUAGUUCUGGUGGUGUAACUGAGACUGAUGUUCAGAAGAAGCAACGAGAGCUUUUCGAGUUCCACCCAUCAUUUGAUCUUGGCUUCGACACACAAACAAGUCAAGAAGCUGAAGAUAUCAUCCAGUCAUAGGAACCUGACACAAAUCUUCAGGAGAUUGUUGUGAUAUCUAGCAAUGAUAGUGGGGACUCAUUAGACAAAAUAUAUGCAACUAUUCAGAUUCCUACAGCAACUACAGCUAUCACAGAAGAAUCUACAGUUAGCACAAACAAGGUUGUUGCAGAAGAAGAAUUAGGUGCACCUGAUGGUAAAGACAGUUGCACUCCCGUUCCUAGAGCACAUCAAAAGAGAAUUGUCAAGCCAGCCCAAAAUCAGAAGUCGCCAUUUGUAGACUACGCCAACAAAGAAGUUGUAUCCAAAUUUGCAAAUGAGGUGUACAGCAGGGUUUGCAUGUAUGGCGGUGAAUCUGAGGAUGAUUUAAACAAAGAAAAAAUCAUUGACUGCGGAGGUUUCUUCAUAGAGCUUCGAGAUCUUGCAGAUUCUGUGAAGCCUCGUGCUUGGUUAAGCAAUACUACUGCCGAAAUUGCACUUCGAGUUCUUUCUAGUGAGUUGGAGAACCAAAAGAAACAUGUCAUGCCAUUACGUAUUGCUACCAAGCUUAGGAGUGUGAGCUGCAUCAAUGAUAGAAUGGUGAAGAAAGCUUUCAAAAUGACACCUGAAUGUCGUCUAGACCACAAAGAACAAAUAAUGUUUGGAGUGCUGCAAGAUCUAAAACCUGAUAUCAAACAAUUCAAUGGACACUAUUAUUUGAUCGUGCUCAACUUAAAGGCAGAGAGGUUUGAGGUGAUGGAUUCUCUCAGAUCUAAAGGUAACAAGGGACUAGUUGCUGAUUACAGAGCAAUAAUUGGGUCUAUUAAAUACAUGUGGGCACAAAACUAUGCUAAUUCAAAGAUUAACAUCGAGAAGUGGAAAACUGAACACAUCAGCACCCCGAUGCAGAAAACUACGUACGACUGCGGCUACUUCAUGCUAAAGUUCAUUGAAUUGUGGAAUGGGAGGAAGAUGAUAGCUGCGCUUAACCCAAUGGAUAUGCCUGUCAUUAGGAAGCAAUUGACACUAAAGUGGUUGUCAUGGGUAGAGAACAAAAUAGAAUGGCAAGAACUACUGUUCUAGGCACAUUCAAAUCAAGAGAAGGAACAUGAUGUUGAUGCUAUGAAGGUCUACAACUAGGAAUCAAGAUUUCCAACAAGCAUCUCAUUGUACAUGAUUUUGGUUCAAGACUACCUGCACUACCAAUUCUUGCUAUUUUGCUCAUGCUUCUGAGAAACAAUCACUGAUGGAUUUAUACAUCCUGGGAUGUGUAAACGCCAAGUGGAUAUGUAAACUGCACACUUCUACUUCUUCUCCUUACUACUACUGUCGGAUUUAUACAUCCUGGUAUAUGUAAACUACCAAGUCAAUCCUUAUUUUGCUGUGGAUCUGUUAUACUUCAAGUUUGCAGAAUUGGCCUGGGUCAAUUCUUUAUACAUCUAACCAUGAGUAACCAUGAGUAACCAGAAUUGGCCUGGGUCAAUUCCUGGCAUGUAGA